AUGCAGUCCGGUCUUGGGACUAUGUACCAGCUGCGAUAUAACAAAAAUGUCCUGCAACGACAUUGCAGCGCGCAUACUCGCGACCUCGUCUGCUCGUACCUUGCAGAUACCAGCCCGACGGUGCAGAGGGAAUACCAUACGCCACCGCACUGGCGUGGAAGUUUCCGCCUCGAAGAUGGUGUUGCCCUGUGUCAGGAUGUGGCGAGGAUGGGCAGAGCCAGUUGGGUAAUUAUCCAAGACGAGAUAUCCUGGUUGGCGCGGUUGGGUGAUUGGAAUCAGUCAAGAGAGGGGUGA